AGCCCAUUAUGUUUACGUGUCCCAUAACUGAAAACCCAUUACUUACCUCAUUAGUAGUCUAUAACUAGAGAGGGGCUUUUCUCUUUUCUUAAUUUUUUUUUUUUUUUCUGUUGAGUAAGACGUUUGGUUGAAAAGUGUUUGGAUAGCAGGAAAAUGAUGGAGAAAGCAGCAGCAGCAACAUUGGGAUGGAAUUAUCAGUCACCUCCACGUCCUUGGUCUUCUUCAUCAAGAAAAAUCAACUUCAAUACCAAACCAACCUGGCUUCUUUCUACUCUUGCUGAUGUAGAGGAGAGGAUGAAGAUUUUAGCAAUUAACCACCAAAACGAAGAAGACGAAGGUGACACAUUCGCAGAGCGUGCAGAAUCUUACUACAGAAAGCGUCCUCAACUCUUAGCCUUACUCCAAGACCUCUACAACGCCUAUCUCACUUUAUCCGAUAAGUUAUACUCUCAAUCUUCAAACCCUAAUAACAAAUCCGGCCAUCAUCGUAGGCAUUCCUCCCAAGUCUCCGACUACUACUACGACACCACCGUCACCGACAUCGAAUCCGAUUUAGAGAGCUCUCUCUCAUACCAACAACCGAUGAUGGGAGUUAUUAGUUAUGAUCAAAACCCUAGUGAUGACGUCAUCGCGGAGCUUGUCAUGAAGAAUGUGGAGCUAGAGGUGGUGAUGGAGGAGCUGGGACGGUCGGAGAGGAGGUGCAGUGAGUCGUCCAGGAAGAUAGAGCUGCAAAGGAGCCUGCUGGAGGUGCUGGAGUCGGAGAGGCUGGUGUUGCUGAACGAGAACGCGAGGCUCGAGUACAAGGCAGCGGCGCUGGCGGAGGAGAACAAAGGGUUGGCGUCGGAGUCGAUGUUCAUGCGGAGGAGAGCCGGGGAGCUUGCGAGGUGUGUGCUGAAGAUGAGGGAGGACCAGAGGGUUUGCAUGCAGCAGGGACAGAUUCAUGGGUUGGAGAAGAGGAACAGAGACUACUACUAUGGUCAGCCUGUUUUUUUGACAAGUAGUACUAGUUCAUCAUCAGGAGAUAAUCAGGAAUGUGUGAAGAAGAAGAAGAAGAAUAAUGAGGUUUUUUUUUAUGGUUGCCUUCAGAUGAAGAAGCUUAACCAGAUCAGUCUGAUAUUAAAAAGAAAUCAAAGUCAAAGUGGUAGCAAUAUUGUUGGAAAGAAGGGUUGGUGGGAAAGGGUCAAGAGCAUGGACUUGUUUCUAUGUGGGGUCAAUCCUAGUUCUUCUGCUUAAUUGAUGCUCUUUUUUUCUUUUCUUUUUUUCAUUUUUUUGGCUAAGUUUCUAAUAUAUAUAUAUAUAAUAGUUACAUAUAUAUAUAUAUAUAUAGGAGAUCUUCUGUCAUCUUAUUAACUAUGUUUCUAGGUAGAUUCAAAACCGGGGAGUAAAAUCUCUCUUUGUAAACCAUGUCUAGAAACUUUUAGUAUAGCAUGUAUGGUAAUGUUAGUAGCCAAAUAUUAAAGCUAA